CGCGCACGCAGGCGCGGGGCACGCAGGGCACGCAGGGGCGGCGGAGCCGGCGCUCCCCGCCGUGGUCCUCCUUGCCCCCGUCGCGCGGUCUCGCGAGAGUUGGGAGUAAACAGCCCCGAAUGGAGAGCCGAGGCGUGUUCGCCGCUGAGGCGCCGUUAUCUCGGGCCCGCCGGACCGGGGCUUGAGGCGGCCCAGAUUGGCUCACAGAGUGACUGAUCAGCUCCGUGGGACUUUGGUUUUGUGGUGCAAAUGGAGUAUAGGACUCAGUCGUCUCGGCCUGAGUGAGAGAAGCCUCAUGUCCAAGAUGGAGAAGAAGCGGAGAAAGAAAUGAAAGCCUCUUUUCAGGCCAAGCCACUGAAGGCCAUGGGGUUUAACUUUUUUUACGUUGGACAAGACUGUAAGAUGGCUGAUCAGCAAUGUUGCAGCUUUUAGCCAAAACAAAAAUUCACUUUUAAUCAAGGAGGAAAAGUGUGAUUUGAAUUUAUGCAAUUUUAUGACCGUAUUCUCUUGUGACCAUGAAGCUUGUCAACAUCUGGCUGCUUCUGCUAGUGGUUUUGCUCUGUGGGAAGAAACAUCUGGGUGACAGACUGGAAAAGAAAUCUUUUGAGAAGGCCCCAUGCCCUGGCUGUUCCCACCUGACUUUGAAGGUGGAAUUCUCAUCAACAGUUGUGGAAUAUGAAUAUAUUGUGGCUUUCAAUGGAUACUUUACAGCCAAAGCUAGGAAUUCGUUUAUUUCCAGUGCCCUGAAGAGCAGUGAAGUAGACAAUUGGAGAAUUAUACCUCGAAACAAUCCAUCCAGUGACUACCCUAGUGAUUUUGAGGUGAUUCAGAUAAAAGAAAAACAGAAAGCGGGGCUGCUGACACUUGAAGAUCAUCCAAACAUCAAACGGGUAACACCCCAACGGAAAGUCUUUCGUUCCCUCAAGUAUGCUGAAUCUGACUCCAUAGUGCCCUGCAAUGAAACGCGAUGGAGCCAGAAGUGGCAGUCAUCUCGUCCCCUGCGAAGAGCCAGUCUCUCCCUGGGCUCUGGCUUCUGGCACGCUACAGGGAGGCAUUCCAGUAGGCGGUUGCUGAGAGCCAUUCCACGCCAGGUUGCGCAGACACUGCAGGCAGAUGUGCUUUGGCAGAUGGGCUAUACAGGUGCUAACGUAAGAGUUGCUGUUUUUGACACUGGGCUGAGUGAGAAGCAUCCCCACUUCAAAAAUGUGAAGGAGAGAACCAACUGGACCAAUGAGCGAACCCUGGACGAUGGGUUGGGCCAUGGCACAUUUGUGGCAGGUGUGAUAGCCAGUAUGAGGGAAUGCCAAGGAUUUGCUCCAGAUGCAGAACUUCAUAUUUUCAGGGUCUUUACCAAUAAUCAGGUAUCUUAUACGUCUUGGUUUUUGGAUGCCUUCAACUAUGCCAUCUUAAAGAAGAUUGACGUGCUGAACCUCAGCAUCGGCGGUCCUGACUUCAUGGAUCACCCCUUUGUCGACAAGGUGUGGGAGUUGACAGCUAACAAUGUGAUCAUGGUUUCUGCCAUUGGCAACGACGGACCUCUUUAUGGCACGCUGAAUAACCCUGCUGAUCAGAUGGAUGUGAUCGGAGUAGGCGGCAUUGACUUUGAAGAUAACAUCGCUCGCUUUUCUUCAAGGGGAAUGACAACCUGGGAACUACCAGGAGGCUACGGUCGUGUGAAACCUGAUGUCGUCACCUAUGGUGCUGGAGUUCGGGGUUCUGGUGUGAAAGGGGGGUGCCGGGCCCUCUCGGGGACCAGUGUUGCCUCUCCAGUGGUUGCAGGUGCUGUCACCUUGUUAGUGAGCACAGUCCAGAAACGUGAGCUGGUGAAUCCUGCCAGUAUGAAGCAGGCCCUGAUCGCGUCAGCCCGGAGGCUUCCUGGCGUCAACAUGUUUGAGCAAGGCCAUGGCAAGCUUGAUCUGCUCAGGGCCUAUCAGAUCCUCAACAGCUACAAACCACAGGCAAGUUUGAGCCCCAGCUACAUAGAUCUGACUGAAUGUCCCUACAUGUGGCCCUACUGCUCCCAACCCAUCUACUAUGGAGGAAUGCCAACAAUUGUUAAUGUCACCAUCCUCAACGGCAUGGGAGUCACGGGAAGAAUUGUAGAUAAGCCUGACUGGCAGCCCUAUUUGCCACAGAAUGGAGACAACAUUGAAGUCGCUUUCUCUUACUCCUCAGUGUUAUGGCCUUGGUCGGGCUACCUGGCCAUCUCCAUUUCUGUGACCAAGAAAGCGGCUUCCUGGGAAGGCAUUGCUCAGGGCCACGUCAUGAUCACCGUGGCUUCCCCAGCAGAGACGGAAUCAAAAAAUGGUGCAGAACAGACUUCAACGGUGAAGCUCCCGAUUAAGGUGAAGAUAAUUCCCACUCCCCCACGAAGCAAGAGAGUUCUCUGGGAUCAGUACCACAAUCUCCGCUAUCCACCUGGCUACUUCCCCAGAGAUAACUUAAGGAUGAAGAAUGACCCUCUGGACUGGAAUGGUGAUCACAUCCACACAAACUUCAGGGAUAUGUACCAGCAUUUGAGAAGCAUGGGCUACUUUGUGGAAGUCCUCGGCUCCCCCUUCACGUGUUUUGACGCCAGUCAGUAUGGAACUUUGCUAAUGGUGGACAGUGAGGAGGAGUACUUCCCCGAAGAGAUCACCAAGCUGAGAAGGGAUGUGGACAAUGGCCUUUCUCUCGUCGUCUUCAGUGACUGGUAUAACACUUCUGUUAUGAGGAAAGUGAAGUUUUAUGAUGAAAACACAAGGCAGUGGUGGAUGCCGGAUACUGGAGGUUCCAACAUCCCGGCUCUGAAUGAGCUGCUGUCCGUGUGGAACAUGGGAUUCAGCGACGGCCUGUACGAAGGGGAGUUUACCCUGGCAAACCACGACAUGUAUUAUGCAUCAGGGUGCAGUAUCGCUAAGUUUCCAGAAGAUGGCAUAGUGAUAACACAGACUUUUAAGGACCAAGGAUUGGAAGUUUUAAAGCAGGAAACGGCAGUUGUUGAAAAUGUCCCCAUUUUGGGACUUUAUCAGAUUCCAGCCGACGGUGGAGGCCGGAUUGUACUGUACGGAGACUCCAAUUGCUUGGAUGACAGUCACCGACAGAAGGACUGCUUUUGGCUCCUGGAUGCCCUCCUUCAGUACACAUCCUACGGGGUGACACCGCCCAGCCUCAGUCAUUCUGGGGACCGGCAGCGGCCUCCCAGUGGAGUGGGCUCCAUCACUCCAGAGAGGAUGGAAGGAAACCAUCUUCAUCGGUACUCAAAGGUUCUUGAGGCCCAUCUGGGAGAUCCAAAACCUCGGCCUUUGCCAGCCUGUCCACAUUUGUCUUGGGCCAAGCCGCAGCCUUUAAACGAGACAGCACCCAGUAAUCUUUGGAAACAUCAAAAGUUACUCUCCAUCGACCUGGACAAAGUGGUGUUACCCAACUUCCGAUCGAACCGCCCUCAAGUGAGACCUUUGUCCCCUGGAGAAAGUGGCGCCUGGGACAUUCCUGGAGGGAUAAUGCCCGGCCGCUACAACCAGGAGGUGGGCCAGACCAUUCCUGUCUUUGCCUUCCUGGGAGCGAUGGUGGUCCUGGCCUUCUUUGUGGUACAAAUCAACAAAGCCAAGAGCAGGCCGAAGCGGAGGAAGCCCAGGGUCAAGCGCCCACAGCUCAUGCAGCAGGUCCACCCACCAAAGACCCCUUCCGUGUGACCGCCAGACUGGCCGACCGUGAGCCAGAGCGCACCUGCGGGGCCGGCGCUGGGGGUAGGCGGAGCCGUGGAGAGCUUCCGUGGGAGCCGCCCGUGUAAAAGGGAUCCAGUUUCCAGCUGCAGGUUUGUGAGGGGCCAUCCUAAAUGAGCUUCCUCCUGUGGCGGUGGGGGCUCGUACGUCUCGGAGGCCCCGCAGGAGGGACUUCGUGACUCAGCCUCGAGCGAGACACCGCGCCGCUGUGAGCACCAACCGGAGCACGUGGGAGGCUGACUGGGCCCUUCGGACCUGAGGGGAAGCAUGGACUUUUUAAACACAUGAAACAACCUGACCAAGCUAAGCUAACGCUUGUGAAAGGCUAUUUUCUAUAUUUAUUGUUGGGAAAAAGUCACUUUAAAGACUUGUACUAUUUGGAAACAAAGCUAUUUUUUUUUUGUCAAUGGAAUGCAGUUUUUUACUAUUACAUCAUGAGGAAUGACACAGAUUCCAUAAUCUCCCUUUUGAUGAAAGGACAGACUGAGAUUUGAAGGAAACUUGCACAAAUCUGUGAAAUAUAGACCUUUGCUUUAUUUUUAUAAGUAUCAACUGCCACCAUGUUUUGUAAUUUGGGGUCUUGAUUUCACCAUUGUCGGUGAAGAGAAUUUUCAAUAAAUAUGUACUACCUGUAUGAAGCU